CGCCGCUCGCCUCCGAAACCGCUCCACUCGUCCGCGCCCGCGCAUUCGCGGCCCCGUCACCUAUCACUUUGACACAUGUCAUACUCACUCUCCCUUCUACCCACAUCCAUACCACUUGAACCAGUCCCACACAAUGGAAUCCUACUACGACACGCGAUAUGCUUCCCCCCAUCUCCACGCGGAUCUCGAGAGAGGCCAAUACUGCGGUCACUUCGGCGGUAGCUAUUCUGUCUACCACGCGCUGUGCGAGCUCAAGUUCAAACAGGACCUGACCUCCUUUCGCACCAGACGCUCCGCAGAUGAGCGCAUCGACCCCGCCCUCAUGAGACUGCUGUCCAACUCCGUGGUGUCGAGGCACUGGGAGAGAAUUGUCACCAUAGACCCGUGGGGCCUGGUGGCGAAGCGGCCAACGAUCUCGUCAACGACGGCGCUGCUGCACAUCCCAGAAUUCGAACUUGCACCUUUCAUCGUAGAAAAGGACGGGAACGUCGUCUUGCAGGACGGGAGCGUGAAGACGACGAAAAUAGCGAUCGACUAUGUGUGGAAUCUGCCGGGAAUAAGUCGUCGAUUAGGCGUCGAGGAGAAGAAGCUGAGAGAAGCGCUGUACAAGUAUACGGGAGACGAAACGCUGAAGAAAGAGGAGCUGAGAGCCUACUUGCCCCCCACCGAAGGGGUGACCGUGUAUUUGUUCGGAGACAUAGAAAGGCUGGGGAACGCGAGGACGGAGGUCGCGCUGAGGGUGCACGACGAGUGCAACUCUUCGGACACGUUUGGAAGCGACAUGUGUACCUGCAGGCCCUAUUUGAUCUACGCGAUGCAAGGCGCGAUCGAAUGCGCUCAACGCGGCGGGAUAGGCGUGAUCAUUUACUUCCGGAAGGAAGGCAGAUCACUCGGAGAAGUGAUCAAAUACCGCGUAUAUAACGCGAGACAGAACCAAGAGGGCGGCGAUAGGCCGGAAAUGUAUUUCAAGCAAACGGAGAGCAUCGCGGGAAUUCAGGACGCGAGAAUGCAAGAGCUGAUGCCAGACGUGAUUCUGUGGCUGGGGAUCAGUCGAAUCGACAAACUGUUGAGCAUGUCCAGCGACAAGUUCGAGGCAAUUAUAGGGGCCGGAAUCGAGGUAAUGGAGAGAGUGUCACUCCCGGAGGACUAUGUGCCGAGCGGUGCGAUGACGGAAAUUACGGCCAAAAUCGCAUCGGGGUACGCGUCUAACAGCAAGCUGACCGAGCAAGUGUAUGAACAAAUCAUGGAUUUGAACAAUGUUCGCGCAGCGUCAAAAAAAGUGUACGAAUUGGCGAAACAAAACAAAACCAAAUACUUCUCCCUUCACUUGGAAAAGCUAGAAUGGACGAUCGACUUCGUGACCGAGGUAAUUCGGACGAACUAUCCCUCUGGAAAUAUACCGCACCACUCUCGAUGGAGGCACUUCGAACAGGUAACCUCUAUAGAAGAUCUGAAGAAGAACUGGAAAUGCAGCGAUAAAGAAAAGGUGAGACGACUGGUCGAUCUAGCUGUCAUCUCUGUACUCCUCGAUGCAGGCACAGGCACGAAGUGGAAAUACCUCGACAAAGAUAACAGAACUCUCACGAGGUCCGAAGGGCUCGCCAAGGCUACGCUAGACAUGUUCGAGGCCGGCAUGUUCUCCAGUGAUCCGGCGUCACCCCAUCGCGUCAAUACACUCGGCAUUCUUAAACUGACAUUCAGCGACUUUAAACAUGCCCUCCAACACAGCAUAACCAACCCUCUGGCAUCGAUAGAUGCUCGAUACAAGGUUCUUCAAAAAUUCGCUGAAAGUCUAGCUCUAAAUCCUCACGUGUUUGGAUACGAAGUCAUUCGACCAGGAAACCUUGUCGACUGGGCUCUAAGAGAAACUCGUCACGACCACUCUAGCCAACCGUUGUCCAUGUACACUCUGUUCGGCACGUUGGUCAGAACGUUCUCCUCCGUUUGGCCCACAAACACUCCCAAAAUCAAACAAGGCGACGUAUGGCAGUACCAACUCCUCAAAGUUCCAGGCGUACCAGGAAGCGACCUUGUCCCCUUCCACAAGAUCACGCAAUGGGUCUGCUAUUCACUCUACGAACCCCUUACGUCCUUGGGCAUAUCCAUAUCGGAUCUGGAUGCCCUCACCGCUCUUGCCGAGUACAGAAAUGGCGGACUGUUCUUCGACUCGGGCGUCCUCUCCCUUAAAAACCCCUCGGACUCAGACUACGAAUACGACGUCGGCGCCGAACUUGUCAUAGAAUGGCGGUCCCUCACCAUCGCUCUCGUAGAUCUCAUCGCUCCUCAUAUUCGCAAAAAUCUAAACAUGUCCGAAUCAGAACUCCCUAUGUCAAAAAUCCUGCAAGGCGGCACCUGGGACGCAGGGCGCAAACUCGCGCAACGUAUUCGACCAGACGGAUCUCCUCCCAUAUCCAUCAGACUAAACGGUAUCACGUUCUGAAUCCUGCCACCAGCAACCACAAAAAAGCAAAAAAAACUGUAUACGUAUGCCAUACACAUCCCACUGCGUCUCCUUUCUCUCC